CUGUUGACUUCUUCAACCAGAUCAAUAUGCUUUAUGGAACCAUUACGGAUUUCUGCACGGAGGAGAGCUGCCCCGUGAUGUCUGCUGGCCCCAAAUAUGAGUACCACUGGGCAGAUGGGACAAACAUAAAGAAACCAAUUAAGUGCUCUGCACCAAAGUACAUUGAUUACCUGAUGACUUGGGUCCAGGAUCAGCUGGAUGAUGAAACGCUAUUUCCUUCUAAAAUAGGUGUACCGUUCCCAAAGAAUUUCAUGUCGGUGGCAAAGACAAUUUUAAAGCGUCUCUUUAGAGUUUAUGCUCACAUUUAUCACCAGCACUUUGAUCCAGUGAUCCAGUUACAGGAAGAGGCACACCUUAACACUUCUUUCAAGCACUUUAUAUUUUUCGUUCAGGAAUUCAACCUUAUCGAUAGAAGAGAACUUGCACCACUGCAAGAACUGAUUGAAAAACUAACCUCGAAGGACAGAUAAAAGGAAGAGGAUUUCUUCAAGUCACUUGUUUGUUUAAGCGAGCGUGUGGUAUUUGUUUUUUGUUAAUAUUUUUUUUUUUUUUUUUUAAAAAGGCGUGACCCUGUGCUGUUACUAAUGACAGCCAAGGUCUACUUUCUGUGCUUUUAUUAGGGGAAAUCUUUUAUCGGUUAGUGACACAUGGUAAAUAGCUUUUUAAUUUUUGUUAUUUUUGACUGUUGUUACUCAUUGUGGAAUUGUAGCAGGUGCUGAGUGUUUAUAAAGGAAACAUGCUUGGUUGGGGGAUUGACUCUGGUGGUGGAUGGGUCCUUGUAUUGUGUCAGUGGUAGCCCAUUCUCAUGAAGUCCCUAGAAGACUUGCUUACAUUCUCUAAGUGCCUUGGCAGACUCACUUCUGAGGUGCAAAGCACAUACAAUACUGAACAUUGCUGGAAACAGAAAAUAGGAACUAACACCCAGGACACUUACUGAUACUUGUUUUAGAAAAAUAUAUAUAUAUGCUUACACUAAAAAAA